AUGGAAAGAAAUGAUAAAAAUGCAGCUAUAAAUGUUAACAACUACACAGUUCAUAAGGUAGAUGGGACACAGAUGUUCAGCUUCGAAGGAAAACAUUGUAAUGGGACAUUUGAUCAAUUUGUUUGCUGGCCUUACUCACCCCCAGGAAAUGUCUCUGUUCCUUGUCCUUCAUAUUUGCCGUGGUUGGAAAAUGGAAGCAUAGGAAAUGUAUACAGAGUCUGCUUGGAUGAAGGGACUUGGCAAACAAAGGAAAACUCCACAGACAUUUGGCGUGAUAGUUCAGAAUGUUCUGAGAAAAAUAAUUUCAAAAAAAAUGAAGAAGAACAUAAAUUACUUACCAUAUUACAGCUGUUGUACACUAUAGGAUAUUAUUUUUCUCUCAUCUCACUUGUAUUGGCUCUCCUUAUACUUUCUUUACUCAGAAAACUUCACUGCACAAGAAACUACAUCCAUAUGAACUUAUUUGUAUCUUUUAUCUUGCGUGCCACAGCAGUUCUUAUAAAAGACACUGUAUACUACAAUAUUUACUCCAAAAGGCCAAAUGAUGAAACUGGAUGGAUGUUGUACCUCAGUCCUGAGAUUGUAAUCAUUUGCAGAACUGCCCAGUUUUUCAUGCAUUACUUUGUUGGGGCAAAUUAUUUUUGGCUAUUAGUAGAAGGAAUUUAUCUGCAUACGUUAUUGAUAACUGUUGUACUCUCUGAAAGACGACUGCUACAGAUGUAUAUUGUGAUAGGAUGGGUUGUUCCUAUCCUGUUUGUAGGCCCUUGGGGAAUAACCAGAUCAAAACUGGAGAACACAGGGUGCUGGGGAACAAAUGAACACAUGGGAAUCUGGUGGAUCAUCCGAGGACCAAUGCUGUUUUCCAUUGCAGUUAACUUUGGCAUCUUCUUAAAAAUUCUCAGGAUGCUGAUUUCCAAACUAAAAGCUCAGCAAAUGAGCUUUAAUGACUACAAAUACAGAUUGGCAAGAUCUACACUUGUGCUGAUUCCAUUGUUGGGGAUCCAUGAAUUUGUAUUUACCUUCAUCACUGAUGAACAGGUGGAAGGACUCUCAAGACAUAUAAGACUUUUCAUUCAGCUGACAAUGAGCUCUUUUCAUGGUUUUUUUGUAGCAGUUUUAUAUUGCUUUGCUAAUGGAGAGGUGAAAGCAGAGCUCCAGAAGCAGUGGUCCCGCUUCCUGCUGGCAGAUCCCUUUGGCUGUAGACUCUGUUUUCUUGGGGAAAACAUAAAAUACCUCAGGAAAUGUUCACAGAAACAAAAAACCCAGCACCUCAGCAGCAAACACCACUUGUGCCUAGAGGCAAGUGAGCCCUGGGGCAUGCAGCUCCAGCAGGUGCUAGUGAAGCAGAGGACAGAUCUCAGCCCAGAGCCAGGCUAUGCUCUCCCAUCUCAUCCAGGGGCAAGCAUGUCAGACAGCAGCGAAGGAGAAGUCACCACUGGAGAGACAACUGAGGAAGUCUUUGAAGAAAGUGAGAUUUAG